AUGGCGAAAAGUGGGGUGUUUGAAAGAGAUCCGACUGCAGCAGCGAAGGUGACGACCGACAACUUGAAGAAGGAAUUACAGAGACUUGUUAAAUCGAUUGUGGAGGAAUCUUCACCAGAUGAAGAAAUUGGAUUUGGAUUUAUAGAUUGUAUUGAUAGAGCCACUCAAACUUUGCAGAAAUUCAAUUGCCCUCUUUCGAAAGAAAUCAUGAGAGACCCAGUUAUCAUCUCUUCCGGAAAAACAUACGAUAGAGCUUCAAUCCAGAAAUGGCUAAAAGCAGGGAACAGAACUUGCCCCAAAACCCAACAAGUUCUUACGCACACAAUUCUAACUCCAAAUUAUCUUGUUCGCGAUAUGAUCACGCAAUGGUGCAAGAAUCGCGGUGUUCGAUUGCCGGGUCCUCUGGUCUACUCCGAUCAAAAUCUGGCAACCGAACCCAAUCAAAGUCUUUUCCGAUCACUUCUCAACAAGUUAUCAUCGAGUCUUCCCGAUCAGAAAGAAGCCGCAAGUUCAUUACGUUCAUUAACAAAACGAAUCCCGUCUUUCCGUGCAUUUUUCGGCGAAUCUGAUGAUGCGAUACCUCAAUUGCUAGCCCCAUUGUCAGUGAUCAAACCCGAAACGGAAACUCACCGUGAUCUUCAAGAAGAUUUGAUCACAACCCUUUUGAAUCUAUCGAUUCACGACAACAACAAGAAAAUCGUCGCCGAAACACCAAACGCGAUUCCAAUUUUACUGGACGCGUUAAGAUUGGGAACAAUCGAGACUCGAAGCAAUGCAGCUGCAACCCUUUUCACUCUAUCCGCCCUCGAUUCCAACAAAUCACUCAUCGGAAAAUCCGGCGCUUUAAAACCGCUGAUCGAUCUUUUAGACGAAGGGCACGUAAUCGCAAUGAAAGAUGCCGCUUCGGCGAUCUUCAAUUUAUGCAUCGUCCAUGAAAACAAAAGUCGAGCGGUGCGCGACGGAGCUGUAACCGUGAUUUUAAAGAAAAUCGGCGAGAGGGUUCAAGUCGAUGAGUUAUUGGCCAUUCUUGCGAUGCUUUCGAGCAACCAGAAGGCGGUGGAGGAGAUGAGUGAUCUCGGUGCAGUUUCUUGUUUGUUUUCUUUAAUCAAGGAGACAAGUUGCGAUCGGAACAAGGAGAACUGUAUCGCAAUCCUGCACACAAUUUGUUUCAAUGAUCGGACGCAGUGGAGGGAGAUGAAGGAGGAAGAAAGUAAGUACGGGACUCUGUCUAGGGUUGCCGGAGAUGGGACUUCGAGAGCCAAACGGAAAGCCAAUGGGAUUCUUGAUCGGAUUAAUAGACCGAUUAAUCGCACUCAUACUGCUUGAGCUUCAUUGGGUUUUCAAAGAAAUCUGUAAAUUCAUCAUCUUCUACAUCAAGAUUUUUUAGGGUUCAUGAGUUUCAUGACUCUACUGAAUCUUAGGUUUUACUUUUUAGUCAACUUUGUUGCUAAGUUUGACCUCAAAUUUUUGUAAAUUCGUGUUUUCUAUAGUUACCAUCAAUAACUGUUUCUGAAGAAAAAAAAGGUUAUUUUUACUGAGA